AUGUCAUCCUCGGAAGAAGAUGAAGAUAUCCUAAUGAACGAGAAUCUCCCCCACCGCCAGUCGGAUGCUGAUGAUAAUGAUGAUGAUGAUGAUGAUGAUGAUGAAAGCAACAAUAACAACGAUGAUGCUGCUGCUGCUACAAGUACCACUCGGAAGCGCGGAAAUCGCAAUGCAUCAUCAUCUUCAUCACCACCGACAUCACAACCUACUACUAUUAUUUCAGAUCAUGACGAAGACACCAUCCGCAUCAUGCUCAGCACGGACAAUCAUUUGGGAUACUGUGAAGGUGACGCCGUUCGUGGAAUGGACUCCUUUGCGGCACUGGAAGAAGUACUUUGGCUCGCACGACACUACAAUGCCGAUCUAGUAUUGCUUGCGGGCGACCUCUUUCAUAUGAACAAACCCUCCCGUGGUACUCUCCACAAGACCAUGGAUCUAUUCAGGAGGUAUUGCAUGGGGGAUAAUCCGAUCCAAAUUCAAAUCUUGUCCAACCAAGCCCAAAGCUUUCGAAAUGGUACCGUCAACUAUGAAGACGAGAAUUAUUCCGUAGAUCUUCCAGUAUUCUCCAUUCAUGGGAAUCACGAUGAUCCCACUCGCGAAGCGGGUUCCACGGAUCUAUUCUGUGCCUUGGAUUUAUUGGACGUGGCCAAUCUGGUCAAUUAUUUUGGGAGACAAGAAAAGAUUGAUCAAGUCCAAAUUUCACCAAUUCUAAUGAAGAAGGGAAGUACCCACCUUGCCUUGUAUGGUUUGGGAAGCAUGCGAGAUGAACGAUUGCAUCGCAUGUGGCGAUCUCAACAGCUAAAGUUUCUUCGACCCGAACCGCCUCCCGAAGGCGAGAGUGCUGCUUGGUUCAAUCUAUUUGCAUUGCAUCAAAAUAGAGACUUUGGAAGGGGGACCAAAAAUUGUAUUCAAGAGACCAUGAUCCCGGAAUGGAUGGACCUGGUCUGUUGGGGACACGAACAUGAGUCAUCCGUGGAACCCAGUGAAUCCGUGGUGGGGACCUUUCGAAUCACGCAACCUGGCAGUUCGGUUGCCACUUCCCUUUCUGCUGGUGAAGCAGAGCGAAAACAAGUUGGUAUUCUAGAUAUCAGAGGUACAAACUAUCGAAUUCUUCCCAUUCCAUUGACUCAAGUCCGAAGCUUUACAAGGGGGGAAGUCAAUUUGGCAGAUAUCCAAGGGCUGAAUCCAGACGGACCCAAAGUGGACCGAGAAGUCACCGAAGUUCUCGACGACCGCGUACGAGUCCUGAUCCAUGAUGCACGAGAAAAGAUCAAGGAGGCGAUAGAAGAAGCCGAAGAGAAGGGGAAUGUGUUGGCCUCCAUGGAAAAUCUUCCACUCAAAUAUACGCUGCAAAAACCAGACUCUGUCCUAGUGCGGCUAAAUGUGGAUCAUUCCGGAUUUUCGGUCCUCAAUAAUCAGCGCUUUGGAGCCAAAUUUGUGGGAGAGGUGGCAAAUCCGACUGAUAUUCUCCUAUACAGCCGCAAGAAAUCUGCGGCUCAAAGGAAAAACACCUCCAAAAAGCUGAGCGAAAUGGAACCAAUCGAACCAGAUGAACUGGAGACGAUGAAGAUCGAGGAUCUCAUUGUUGGAGAACUCGAGAAUGCUGACCAGAAGAUGGAAGUAUUUGACGAAAAACGAAUGACAAAUGCGCUAGACUCGUAUGUUGACAAGCAGGAAGCACAGGCCAUUCCAGAAGCUGUUGAAACCCUUUUGACAAAAGAGCAAAAGAGGUGGAUAAAGAAGGGUUCCACUCCAUCAAAAGCAGAACGCAACAGCAAGGAAGAAGAAGCAGGGACCACUAGCAAAAAGAAGCGUGGUCGCAAUGCCAUUGCCAAGGAUGAAGAUUUUGGAUCAGAAGACGACGAGGAGCCUGCUGAAAAGAAAGCGGCGACCGGUACCAAGAAGAAGCGGGCCACAAAAGCGGCUCCGAAAGCGGCUGCGAAACGCAAUGUUUCCAAUUCCAGUGACGACAGUGAAAUCGAAGAGGUUGAAGAUGAUUCACCUCCUCCUCCGAAAAAGAAUGGCACGAGAGCUAGGGCUCCACGAAAAGUCCAACCAAAGUACACCGAGUCAAGCGAUGACGAGAUUGAAGAAGUAGACCCACCUCCAAAACGAUCUCGAGGAGCAAAAGCGAAAGCAACCAAAAAGGCCAGCAGUCGCGCCAUGUCUGACUCGGAUGAAGAUAUCGAAGUCCUUGACGAAGCACCAGCAAAGAAGCGCUCACGCCGAUCCUCUACUUCCCAAUCGACCUCAGGAAAUGCAAGUCUCUCUCAAUCUCAGCUCUCUUUUGCGCCAGUCCAACGAAGAUCCCGGAAGGCAGCAAAAGGAAGGUUGUACUCAAAUGACGAUAGUGAUGAUAUGGAAGAUGGAUGGGGCACGGCCAAAACAAUGACCAACGACGAUGCUUAG